AGCGAGUGCGCAUGCUCGGUUGUCAGGGAGCGAGCGGGCGCGGGAGCGAGUGCGCAUGCUCGGGGCCGUGAGCUUUGAAAGAUGGCGGGAAGGACCGUGGAUUUGACCAGUCUCACGGAUGAGGACGAGCUGGAGCCGAGCUCCGCCUCCGCCACCUUCACCUUCACCGACUGCGGCGGCGAGUUGCCCAUCGUGUUCCUGUGCGCGCAGUGCCGGCUCCCGGCGGGAGACUCCCUGGCCUGGAGCGGCUGGGAUUCCGCAGAGAGGGUGAUUUGCCUGAAAAACAUCACACAAAAUGUCAUAGUGGACACUGAGAGGAAGGUAGACACGUCAUCUGACUCUGGUUGUAUCUAUGUGUUGUUAACAUGUUCUGGCUGUGCUAUGAUACUGGGUAAAAAGUAUGUCUGCACACCGAUCCACCUUGAUUUCAGAAGGAAUUUGUAUUGCUUAUAUGUACAGCACAUUACCAGUUAUACAUUUGGCUCCACUGGAAAUAAUGAGAGGUUAGAAGAGAUACGCGAACCCAUUACUUUUGAAACUCGGACUACCAUCCUUGAAGAACUAGCAAAGUCCCAAACUGUGCUCAAUAUGAUGAUUGAGAGGCUGGCUAUUGUGGAAGAAAAGCUAGUGUCUUUGCAGAAUGAGGGCUAACACAGUUCCUGCUCAAUGAAAAAAGGUCGGGAUUUGAAGAAGUGACGGAUGCCUGGACUUCACCAAUAAUUUGUUCGUUGAAUUGUUCGUUGACAACCAACUUAAUCCUUUGGGUCGAGUUCUUUUUCUCUCUCUCUAUCUCUCCCUCAUUCUCCCGCACUUUCCUAAUGCUGCUGGGAUGAUCCAAUGACACACAGUUUGCUGAACUAACAAACUGAUGCCACAUCCAUGAACUGUGUUGUGAUUUGUGUCAGCUUGUUGAACUCACUUUUUAUCUGCAAGUCCAUUUCUGUUGAAAGCUCUGCAGUUAAGUAAAACUACUGUACAUCCUAAGCUACUUCUAUAUCUUGUGCUGUAGUUGAUCUAACUUGACUGUUCUAUCAAAGCUUAAGACUGAUGAGCGUCAACCAUUUCAACUUCCUGUAUUAUGUCUGUAAUUAAUCUAGAUUUAAUGUAAAAAAAAUAAAAUUGUACAUUUU